AGCCGCAGCGACAGCAGCCACGGGAGCCGCCGCGCAUUAUGCAAAGCGGCCGCAGAUGCGAGCGGGGCCAGCCGGGCGCGCGUCGGCCUCUCCUCCCAGCGGCUCGCCCAGCCGCCGCCUGACUCUCCCGGGAGACUCCCUCGGCCCGGGCCCGGGGCCGAGGAGGGCCGGGAUGGCCUGAGUGCCCGCGUCGCGGCGGCGCAGCAGCGGGAUUGCACCAUGGGGAACCAGGAUGGGAAGCUGAAGAGGAGCGCAGGUGAUGCCUUGCACGAAGGCGGCGGCGGCGGCGGCACCGAGGAUGCGCUGGGGCCCAGGGAUGUGGAAACCACAAAGAAGGGGAGCGGGGGUAAGAAGGCGCUGGGCAAGCACGGCAAGGGGGGAGGGGGCGGCGGCGGGGAGUCGGGCAAGAAGAAGAGCAAGUCGGACUCCAGAGCCUCGGUGUUUUCCAACCUGCGGAUCAGGAAGAAUCUGUCCAAGGGGAAAGGCGCCGGCGGCUCCCGCGAAGAUGUGCUGGAUUCCCAGGCCCUGCAGACGGGGGAGCUGGACAGCGCUCACUCCCUGCUCACCAAGACUCCGGACCUCAGCCUCUCGGCGGACGAGACCGGCCUAUCGGAUACUGAGUGUGCGGACCCUUUUGAGGUGACCCGUCCAGGGGGUCCUGGGCCUGCCGAGGCUAGGGUCAGGGGCCGGCCGGUCACCGAGGAUGUGGAAACUGCAGCAGGGGCGCAAGAUGGACAGAGGACCAGCUCGGGCUCGGACACGGACAUCUAUAGCUUCCACUCGGCUACGGAGCAAGAGGAUUUGCUUUCAGACAUCCAGCAGGCGAUCCGCCUGCAGCAGCAGCAGCAGCAGCAGCUCCAGCUCCAGCUCCAGCAACAGCAGCAGCAGCAGCAGCAGCUCCAGGGCGCCGAGGAGCCUGCAGCGCCCCCCACCGCCGUCUCCCCUCAGCCCGGGGCCUUCCUGGGCCUGGACCGGUUCCUGCUGGGGCCGAGCGGCGGGGCUGGGGAGGCCCGGGGCAGUCCAGACACUGAGCAGGCGCUGUCCGCGCUCUCCGACCUGCCCGAGAGCCUGGCCGCCGAGCCCCGGGAGCCCCAGCAACCGCCGUCCCCCGGCGGCCUCCCAGCCUCCGAGGCACCCAGCCUCCCGGCGGCCCAACCCGCGGUCACAGACUCGCCGUCCUCCACGGCUUUCCCGUUUCCCGAGACCGGGCCGGGGGAGGAAGCGGCCGGAGCCCCCGUGCUAGGGGCUGGGGACACGGAUGAGGAGGGCGAGGAGGAUGCUUUUGAGGAUGCACCCCGGGGCUCUCCGGGGGAGGAGUGGGCCCCGGAGGUGGGAGAGGACGCCCCGCAGAGGCUGAAGGAAGAGACGGAGGAGGAAGCGCAAGGACCUGACUCCCCCGCGGCCGCUUCCCUGCCCGGCAGCCCUGCGCCCAGCCAGCGCUGUUUCAAGCCCUACCCGCUCAUCACCCCCUGCUACAUCAAGACCACCACCCGGCAGCUCAGCUCGCCCAAUCACUCCCCGUCUCAGUCCCCUAAUCAGAGCCCCAGGAUCAAGAGGCGGCCGGAGCCCUCCUUGAGCCGAGGGUCCAGAACUGCCUUGGCCUCCGUAGCCGCCCCGGCCAAGAAGCACCGGGCCGACGGCGGCCUUGCGGGCGGCCUGAGCCGCUCGGCGUACUGGACGGAGGAGCUGGGCGCCCGCACGCCCCGGGCGGGAGGCUCCGCGCACCUGCUGGAGCGCGGGGUGGCCGCUGACAGCGGCGGUGGGGUGUCCCCGGCACUGGCCGCCAAGGCGUCUGGGGCGCCAGCGGCUGCGGAUGGCUUCCAGAACGUGUUCACAGGGCGAACACUGUUGGAGAAGCUGUUCAGCCAGCAGGAGAACGGGCCUCCAGAAGAAGCAGAGAAGUUUUGCUCGCGGAUCAUUGCCAUGGGUCUUCUCCUUCCUUUUAGUGAUUGCUUCAGGGAACCGUGUAAUCAGAAUGCCCAGACCAAUGCAGCUUCGUUUGAUCAAGAUCAGCUUUAUACCUGGGCUGCAGUUAGUCAACCCACACACUCGUUGGACUAUUCAGAAGGGCAGUUUCCUAGGCGAGUCCCAUCCAUGGGGCCACCAUCCAAACCUCCUGAUGAAGAACACAGGCUCGGGGAUGCUGAAACAGAGGAUGAUGGAGAAUCUCAAUCUGCUGUUUCGGAAACUCCCAAAAAACGCUCGGAUGCUGUCCAGAAGGAAGUUGUUGACAUGAAGUCUGAGGGACAGGCCAAUGUAAUUCAGCAGCUGGAACAGACUAUUGAGGAUCUGAGAACCAAAAUAGCUGAACUAGAGAGGCAGUAUCCUGCCCUGGACACAGAGGUGGCCAGUGGUCGUCAAGGGCUUGGGAAUGGAGUGACAGCCUCAGGCGAUGUCUGUCUCGAAGCUCUCAGGUUAGAAGAAAAGGAAGGACGGCAUCAAAGGAUUUUAGAGGCGAAAUCCAUACAGACUUCCCCGACAGAAGAGGGCGGGGUACUGACACUGCCUCCUGUGGGUGCGCUGGGGCAUCCUCCAUGCCCGCCUGGGGCUGAAAGUGGACCUCAGACAAAGUUCUGUUCAGAGAUUUCUUUGAUUGUGUCUCCAAGGCGAAUAUCAGUCCAGCUCGACAGCCAUCAGCCCACACAGAGCAUCUCACAGCCUCCACCACCUCCAUCCCUUCUGUGGUCUGCUGGUCAAGGACAGCCUGGGUCACAGCCGCCCCAUUCUUCUCUUUCUACCGAGUUUGAAACCAGCCAUGAACACUCUGUUUCCUCCGCCUUUAAAAACAGCUGUAACAUCCCAUCUCCACCACCUCUGCCUUGCACAGAGUCCUCCAGCUCCAUGCCUGGCCUGGGCAUGGUGCCUCCCCCACCUCCCCCUCUCCCUGGCAUGACAGUGCCUACUCUGCCCAGUACAGCCAUUCCCCCACCUCCUCCUCUGCCGGGUACAGAAAUGCUGCCACCGCCUCCCCGUCUUCUUCCUGAUCCCCCACCUCCUCCCUUGCCAGGUAUGGGGAUUCCACCUGCUCCAGCUCCCCCACCCCCUCCACCUGGGACAGGAAUCCCACCGCCCCCUCUGCUUCCUGCAUCAGGCCCUCCACUCCUCCCACAAGUUGGGAGUAGCACUUUACCAACCCCACAGGUGUGUGGAUUUCUUCCUCCUCCAUUGCCGAGUGGCUUGUUUGGAUUAGGGAUGAAUCAGGACAAAGGGAGUAGGAAGCAGCCCAUAGAGCCUUGUCGACCAAUGAAGCCUCUUUACUGGACCAGGAUUCAACUACAUAGUAAAAGAGACUCCAGUACUUCACUUAUUUGGGAAAAAAUUGAGGAGCCAUCCAUAGAUUGUCAUGAAUUUGAGGAAUUAUUUUCUAAAACUGCUGUAAAGGAGAGAAAGAAACCUAUCUCUGAUACCAUCUCAAAGACAAAGGCUAAACAAGUUGUCAAGUUAUUAAGCAACAAAAGAUCACAAGCAGUUGGAAUACUAAUGUCUAGUCUUCAUUUAGAUAUGAAAGACAUACAACAUGCUGUUGUGAACUUGGAUAAUUCUGUGGUUGACCUGGAGACCCUUCAAGCUCUCUAUGAGAAUAGAGCACAGUCAGACGAACUGGAAAAAAUAGAAAAGCAUGGCCGGUCUUCCAAAGACAAGGAAAAUGCCAAGUCUCUGGACAAACCUGAGCAGUUCCUUUAUGAACUGUCACUAAUCCCCAACUUUUCAGAGCGAGUCUUUUGCAUCCUGUUCCAGUCCACGUUUUCAGAAAGCAUUUGCUCAAUUCAUCGCAAACUGGAAUUACUACAGAAAUUGUGUGAGACGUUAAAAAAUGGCCCAGGGGUUAUGCAGGUUCUAGGUUUGGUUCUUGCCUUUGGCAACUACAUGAAUGGAGGAAAUAAGACUCGAGGACAGGCAGAUGGCUUUGGAUUAGACAUUCUUCCAAAACUGAAAGAUGUCAAGAGCAGUGACAAUAGCAGAAGCCUUUUGUCAUAUAUUGUUUCGUAUUAUCUCCGAAAUUUUGAUGAGGAUGCUGGAAAAGAACAGUGCCUCUUUCCACUGCCAGAACCCCAGGACCUUUUCCAGGCCUCACAGAUGAAGUUUGAAGAUUUUCAAAAAGAUCUCAGAAAACUGAAGAAAGACUUGAAAGCCUGUGAAGUUGAAGCGGGGAAAGUAUACCAGGUCUCCUCAAAAGAGCACAUGCAGCCUUUUAAAGAAAACAUGGAACAAUUUAUUAUUCAAGCCAAAAUUGACCAAGAGGCAGAGGAAAAUUCACUGACAGAGACUCAUAAAUGCUUUUUGGAGACUACGGCAUAUUUCUUCAUGAAACCAAAACUUGGAGAGAAGGAGGUGUCCCCAAAUGCUUUCUUCAGUAUCUGGCAUGAAUUCAGCUCUGACUUUAAAGACUUCUGGAAGAAAGAGAACAAACUUCUUCUACAAGAGAGAGUAAAAGAAGCCGAGGAGGUGUGUAGACAGAAGAAGGGAAAAUCACUUUAUAAAAUAAAACCAAGACAUGAUUCUGGAAUUAAAGCAAAGAUAAGCAUGAAAACUUGAACACUGAAAAGCAGAAUGAAAAUGAGUCAUUGCAACGACUUUCACAAAAUUCAGCUGACCUGAGGGUGGGAAGGAAACUACCGUCAUUCUGCUCAUGUUUCUUCUUGACCUCUUGCAUAAUCUUUUUGUUUUCUAGACAGUUCACUAAUUGUUGAGUUUUACUGUAUAUUCAUAUAAAAAUACAAAAGUACUAGACCAGUGGAGAAUUUGACGCCUUUUCUUUUUGUAAAAGUUUAUGGUAUUAUACCGAUAGACCAAAACAGCAUGUAUAAGAGGCAGUAUCUGCACUAAUUCUGAACAUGCUAAACAUUAACUAAAAUUCCCUGUUGUGAGAAUAUUCCUCAUCACAGCAAAAACACUUUCCUUUCUACUGACAACCAGUCCACGUCACAGCAUUUAGACAUAUGGGUAAAAUGUUAUUUCUAGUGAAUUGUUUGUAUCAGUUUCAUGUCUACGUGUAAAUUUUCUAUUUUAAAAUUUGAGUACCAUUUAUAAUCAGUGCUUUCCAAACUCUUGGGUUGCUCUCCAUAGCUAUAUAUUUGUGAAAGAAGAUGGUCAUUUUUUUACUGAAGUCAUACAAUGACUUGAGUCAGCUCAUAAUGCAAAACAUGAUGGUUUUGUAUGAGCUGGGUUUUUGGGUUUUUUUUUUUUUUCCAUUACUUUUAAUGAUCUUCGUUGCAAGUUACAGUUGUGGAUAAAGGGGAGAAUUUAUUGCUCUUGCAAAUCAAUUAUGGAAAGCAACUUAAGAAAAACAAUGUUCUAAAUCAUAAUUGUUUGUAUUUAUGUAAAGUAUGGUCUCUUACUUUUUAGUUUGUAGUUUAAGUGCAAAGGAACAGUAGUGGUUAUUUUCCUGUUGUUUUGUAGUCUUCCUGUCCCCUUCAGUCCCUCCAGUGUGUAUAUUACCAUUCUCCAAUGAAAUAAUAGGGCAUUUAACAAAGAUCGCUAUGUGCAAUACUGUAUUUAGUGUUUCUAUUUCGAUUUUUCUAGGAUGUUAAUUUAUAUGAAAAUAAAAUGAAUAAUAAAAGAAUAAAGAUACUUGCAAAA